UCUGAAGUCCGUAACAUGUUAAUCGUAAAAAUACGCAAUAUUAUAAUAACAUUUGAUCGCAAUAACAUACGAGUAUUUCAAUCGUUUAUCCAUAAAACUGUUUUCAUUUGAAAUUCUUCAGAUGAAGCUAUGCUUCAGUGACGUAAUGACAUCCCUUUGAGCGUAUGCAAACAAUAGGUGGAAAUAGAAUAAUAGCGUAUUCUUUGACAUCAUUGGAUGUGAAUGAAAACAUUGUUCUAAAUGUAUGUGGCCAGUUGUAUUUCCGAACCAGUCAGCACACACACUGCGCGCGCGCUGAACCGAGACAAUACCGUUUGUCUUCAAAUAGUGUUUAAUAAAAGUGAAAGAAAACUUGUUUUUUAACAACAAAUAAUUACUUGCAAACAGUUUAAUUUUAUCAAAGUGUUCAACAGAAGAAUUAAAUAAGUGUUUGUUCUGGAUAUCAAUACAGCCUGUUCCAACAUGAUGACUACUUACAAGGUUUUAACAAUAAUCACAUUUUCAUUACUUACGGUAUGUGCAACGAAUAAGAAAAUGCUAAAGCCUAAACAGGAACGAGGUGAACCAAGAUUUAUUAGACACGAUAUUCCUAUGAACUUUAAACGAGGCCAUAAUUAUCCCAGUACUGUUAGUCCGAUAGAACCGGCAGAACUUGUAGCGAGCCCUUACCAGAAUCUGCAGUAUGCACCUCUUCAUGGACGAAUCAGUCAUAGAAAUAAAAAUGCAGCAGCGGAAUAUACAAAAGUUACGCCUACUCUGAGUGCCGUACCCUUGGGACCAACUGAACCAUUUCAAUCAAACGUCAGAAGUUCGUAUGCUAAGGCCCAUUUGGAGCCACGUAUUGUAUCAGGUCAACUUUCGGAUACAAUGAAAUGCUACAAUCCAGGAUAUAAUAUGGAUAUAUUUUCUUCUGUCAGCCGAAGUCCAGGCCACAAUGCUGUAUAUAGAGACUUGACAGGAAUAAUUCCAAGCGACAAAUUCAAGGAGGACUAUCUGAUACCCAAACCUUUCGGAUACCCAAAUGCUUAUCCUUUGACUACGACAAUGAUGCCUUUUGAUCUUCCUGAGACUGUGGCCAAGCCCUUCAGUAUACCCAGCCAGCAUUACGUUCUAAAUCCAAAUAUAUUGGAUACAGGGUCAGAAGUAGAAAAAAUAAAGCGUCAAUAUUCACCGUUCGCAAAGCUCCACAGAUUACACCUUAACAUUGCCAGAGUGUACAGUCCUGGACAAACGCCUCCCAAGUCUCCAGCGUUUGCCGACACUUACUCACUUAACUUUGGCAGACUACCGGUCCAUUCACAAGCAUACAUCCCACCAGUUUUUCAAGCUUUACCAGUUCAAAAAACUUUGCUAUUCCCAAUCAAGAACAACCAAAAAAUCUUUCAUGUCCGAAUGGCAGAAAACAUUCCAUAGAUAAGAUUUUAAAUUAUGUAUAAUACGAGUAUCUGUUACUUAUAUAUUAUAAGUUACUGUUAUUUAUUUAUAUAAUUAUAUCGAUCAUCAUUGCUGAUGAAAGCUGAGAUAUGUUUGGUGAUCAUUAGAAUUGCCGAAUCGAUAUUUUAAUUUAGCCUGCCAGGCCACAUUUCCAGCCUAAAAAAAUAGUUUAGUAUAUCGUACGAUUUAUUUAUUUGCAUUAAAACGACAGACACUACAACAAAGUUGUGAUUUAAUAUUUUUAUACAUCGUUUGUACAAAGUUUAAUAAGUAGAUAUUUUUUUAAUAUUACUUUUUAUUUAAAGGACCUUUUGUAUUUCAUUUUACAUAUUUUUUGUGAUGACUAAUUAUAUGAGUUUAGAUUCGGCUUUAGAUUCGGUUUCUAUCAUCGACUGAUGACCGACGUCAUUUGAUGAUGCAAACCUGUAUUGUUGGCUGGAGUUUGAUUAUUGUCAACUAAUGUGAUUGAUGUUGAUACUUGUGAUGAACAAACAUCUAUUGGAAUCGUGCGCGCCAAAUGAACAGUGAAAUCUUGGGAAACCUCGCUAACUGGUAGAAACUCACAACCUCACAUCAACCUAUUGCGAUUGGAGAUUGAAAUUUGAAAUAACUUAAUGCCAAAUCUCAAUCUCAGACAUCAAAUCAACAGAUAGAAUAUUGGGUACACUCUUAAUUCGAAUGAUGUCAGAUUCAACGUUGGCUUACGGUUGCCGAUUUAUGUAUUUAGAUGUAUGUUGAAAUCCCGGGUCGGGCCGAAAUCGCUUUGUGGGUUUUCUAAAACUUUCACAAAGCAUCCCUUAGUUGGAAGUUGGUGAUUGAUUCACCCGUGCAUCGGAAAGCACGUUAAUGUCGGUCCUGUGCCUGAUCUCUCUCCGGUCCCAUGGACCAAAGGAAUAGUGAGUGCACUUGUGUCUGCGCAAAUGCUCGUGCACUAUCAUUUGUCCUGCGCAGCUGGCUGAUCUCCUUAUAUGAGAACAGCCGCCGUGGUCGAAAUCGACCGUGGACGCCAUUAUUAUGUUGAAAUACAUGUAAAACCAUUUCUAAGGCGCGUUCCGCUGCGAUAGAUGUGCGUUCGCCAUUACUCCUUGUUUGUAAAUAGGGUAAUAAUAUUUCUUUUCUGCACAGAAAUGGGUAUGUAAAUAAUUAAAGUGGAUUGGGAGGGUGUAUAGUUUAUAAUUGAAAUAUGAAAAUAUUAUACAGAACAGUAUUCUGAUGUCAGUUUAAUAUUUUCUGUUAAGCAGUGGAGUUAUCUAGUAAAUAUUUUAUGAACUUGGCUAGACAAUAAUAGUGUACUUAAUUACUUUUAGUAUGUAAGGAAUCAGAUAUUUUAAGAUAAUAAUUUAUGGGUUUGUAAAUAAGUCACCUUAAAUAGUUUUUUUAAGAAAUUUCCAAAUAUAUUUUUUAUGCACAUUGACUCAAAACACACGUACUAAGUUACUGUGUUUUCUGAUUCAUGCUUUAAUAAUUGAAUUGCGUUGUUGCUUUUUAAAGAUUGGGUUAAAGUUUUGUUAUGUUUUACGAGUACCAAAAUAAUAACCAACCAAAAAGAAUACAUGUUGUUUUACAUUGUAAUCGGUAUAAUUAAAUUUCUUUAAAGGUACGUUUCGCUCUUCUUAAAUAUUCCUCAAAAGUCAUGAAGUACGAUGAGGCUGUUUCACUGAGACACAGCGCUUGUUGCUGCUAAACAAUUGAGUAUCAAAACAAAAAUAUCUAAACAAGAGUAAGAACAAUAGCUGCACAGAUAAAAUUACAAUGCC